AUGCUGCCGCUGCCGUCCGGGCUGCGCCGCCGCCUGCGGGAGGGGCCGCCCGCCCGGGCCCCCGCCCCGCCGCCCUUCGCCCCGCCGCCGCCCUCGCCGCCCUUGCCGCCCUUCACCUUCGCCCCCCGCCGCCUCCGUCUCGGUCCCCACCACCCGAUCUUCGAGGAUGGGGACGUUCACAGGCACCUCUACCUACAGGGUGUCCUCACCAGCCUCGCGGAGGUGGCGGAGAGACCCAAGGUGUCUGAAUUCAGUUGCCACAUCUCUGGGUGCUGCCAGGUCUUUGAUACACUGGAGGGCUAUGAGCACCACUACAACACGCUGCACAGGAACGUGUGCUCCUUCUGCAAGCGCUCCUUUCCGUCGGGGCAUCUCUUGGAUAUUCACAUCCUGGAGUGGCACGACUCGCUCUUCCGGAUAAUGGCCGAGAAGCAAAACAUGUACAAGUGUUUGGUAGAAGGCUGUGCGGAGAAGUUCAAGAGCAGCAAGGAUAGAAAGGAUCACUUGGUCACUGUUCACCUUUAUCCUGCCGACUUUCGGUUUGAUAGACCGAAGAAAGUGAAAAGUGGCCCCAAGCACGUGAGCUCUCCCAUGAAGCAGGGUGCCAGCAUGCCGAUGGAUGUGAGUGUGGAGAUGUCAGAGCAAUUCCAAGUGGACCCCAUGGAAAUAGGGCCCGGUGAGAACAUGGAGAUCCCUCAGCCUGCAGCCAGCCCCAGCUCCUCGGUGCCAGAGAAACGACUCUAUAAAUCCAGGAUCCCAUCCACAAUUUGCUUUGGUCAAGGUGCCACCCGAGGAUUUAAAGGACCAAGGAAGAAAGUCUGAAGGUCAGCACGCCAUAUCUGUGCAAGAUGAGAAGGUGCUGGCUGCUGCCGCCCACAAACCUUAGCGAUGGCAGUGUGGCCGAGCAGGGAUAUUUGCAGUUGCGUGCAAGGGUCCCGCUCUGUACAGGGAAGGCAGAAGGGCGAAAAUGGUGAUUGUGCAGCAGCAGUUUGGCAUACAUCAAUACCUUGGGAGGUGCUUUGCUACAGUCCCUCCGUGUCUCGGUACCACCUCCCUUUGGCAGCAUUUCAGAGCCAACCCAUGCUUAUGUUUAUCCUUCCUGAGACAACACUCUUGCUUCUGAUCCCCUCUGAAAUCGAACCAUGAAUAAACUUGUCUGCAUCUGU